UUAAGAGUCUUCUUAAACAAAUUUUUUUAAAGUCUUAUCAGAUCAAAAUGUUUAUAAAACCGUUUAAAAUAAAGUCGAACAAUCAACUGAAAGGAACAGAAAGGAAAAAAUUAUGCGAAGAAAUUUUAGCAGCAUACCCAAUGCUAACAGACGAAGAGACACAAUCAUUAAUUCCUAAGAAAGAGGCAAUAAGUGUUAUGAAAAUUGUAACUCACAGUGGUCACUCAGGAAAAGUGUAUUGUGUAGCUAAAUUACCCAUGUUUUUCCAACUUGAAUCUUUACAUCAAGCAUUGUUACCCACUAUAUAUACUUUAUGGCAUUAUUCAAAUUUAUUAAGGACUUUUACAACACAUCCUCCAGUUGUAUCGAAAUUAAGUAGAGGUGCAGAUUUAAUGUUGCCUGGAGUCAAUAUGAAACAACCUAUAACAUUAUAUUCUUUUGGCAAAUUACAAAAAGGUACACCUGUUUCAGUAAACACAAAUGACAAUAAGGCUCCAAUCGCUGUAGGAUUAACAGCACUUUCUAGUGAAGAUAUGUAUAUGUCUGGAGGUCAUGGAAAAUGUGUAGAAAUUUUACAUGUAAUAGGUGAUACACUUUGUCAACUAGGAAAGCCUCCUUUGAGACCAAACUUAGGAUCACCAAACGAUGAUGCAGAUAAUAAUGACUUAGAAAUAACGGAGCAGAUCAGUGAUAGCAAUGAAGAAUCACUUGUUGAAAUAAUGAGUGGCUUAGAAAUGGAUAAUGAUAGAGUAGCAGAGAUGGAAUCUGUCUGUGAGGAUGACAACAAGCUAGAAGAGUCUGAUGAAACCAAAAAUAUUUCUACUGAUCAAGCAGAAGUAGUUAUAGAUCCCAUAAAAGAAAUGGAUAACUUGUUAGAAUAUUGCUUUCUGAAAGCUUGCAAGACAUCAGUAAAGCCCAAUGAUUUACCAAUGUUAACAUCUAAUUUCUUCAAAAAUCAUUUAAUAGCUGCAUGUCCAUUAGAUAAAAACGUAGAUAUAAAAAGAUCUCGGUACAAAAAAUUGUCCCUGUUUUUAUCAGAAAUGAAAGCAUUGGGUGUUAUCAAUACUUCUGUUACUAAGGGUGUUGAAAGUAUAUUAUCAAUAAAGUUUGAUCAUCCUCUUUUAAAACGUCUAGUUAUAGCGGAAGAACCUACAACAAGCCAAGAACCAGUUGUUUCCAACGCGGCAGUCAUCUCUGAAUGUUAUAAAGUAACUGCCGACGUUUUUCCAGUAUUAUCAAAAUUCGGAUAUGAAAAAGGGGACAUUAUGAAAAGAGCUGAGAUCAGAAAAUGUUUUACUGAAUAUGUGAAAAUGGAGAAUCUGCAAGAUGGAAGGAUACUGAAAUUAAACCCGCAGCUCGCAGGUAUUAUGAAAACCAAAGCGAACGUGGAAACUGUAACAAUGGAGGAUGGAAUAAACAAGUUUAUUGGGCGUAUGACUCACAUGCACGAAGUUACUUUAGCGGGAAACAAAUUGUUACACACCGGCAAGUUGGAACCUAUUGACAUGAGAGUUACUGUCCGAUCCGGUGGUAAAAAGGUAACGUUAGUAAACAAUUUAGAAACAUUUGGUAUCAAUGCCAAAGAAUUUAGUAAAGAAUGUCAGAGUAUCGGAGCGAGUGCAACAAUUACGGAUGAACCGGGAAAGAAAACACCUAGCGUACUAGUUCAAGGAAAUCAAAUCUUAUAUGUGUAUAAAUUACUUACGGAAAAAUACCAAAUUAAAAAGAACUAUAUAAGAGGAUUAGAAUUCGCCCCAAAGAAGCAAGGUUCCCAUAAAAAAUAGGAUGCCUUCAAAAACAAGUAUCACGUGAACUAAUUAACAAUCUUUCCACUAUUCGGAAGACUGUAUAGUAGCCUUUGCAAAAUUUAAAUAUUUGAUCUCAGCAGAAAAAGAUUCAAAAUUUCACUGAAAAUCGCAUGAAGCAUAAAUUUGAUUCUCACUCUAUUAGAAGAUGUAAAAUGCAACAUGCGAACGUGGAUGUUACUGCAUCAAUCGAUGCCGCUGGAUGUUUUAAUUUUGAAUCUUGUUAUAACACAUAGGCUACUAUAACUUCAAAAAUAUG